CUCUCUCUCUCUCUCUCUCUCUCUCUCUCUCUCAGUAAGCUAGAAGAGGUUCUAUUGCGUGCUCUCUUGCUUCCUUGUUUAGCAAUCUCAAUAUUCCUGCCGAGUAAUUCUCUUUCCCUUCUUUGCAACUCUCUCUCUCUCUCUCUCUAAGCAGAAGAUCCCAUUCUUCUCUCUCUCAUCUUUUCCUGUCUAAUAAUCUCUGUAUUUCUGGCUGAGCUAAAGAUCCUAUGUUGCUCUCUCUCUCUCCCUUUCUCUGUCUACUAAUCUUUGUAUCUCUGCCUUAGCAAUUGACUCUCUCUUUCUCCGCCACUUCCUCUCUCUCUAAGCUAAAAAUUCCUAUUUCAGUCUCUCUAAUAACCUCUGUCUGGAAUCAUCUCUUUCUCUGUGUCUCUCUCUUUUAGCUAAAAGAUUAAUAUUUUGGUUUCGGUCUCGACUUUUCCUCUCCAAGUUAAAUCUGGGUUUUACUGCCUCUUUCUCUUUCUAAGACUCUUUCUUUAUCUCUGGCUGAGCAAUCAUCUCCUUCCCCUGCGAAUUUGUCCCCCCCUCCCUAAACUAAUUCCUGAUUUUGCCCUCUUCCUCUCUCUAAGAAUCUCUCUCUUACUCUGUGUCUAAAAUCAGGGGCAAGAGCGAGAAAGUUCCAAAUUCAUUUGAUUUUGUUGAGAAAUGACAGAGAGAGUGAGAGGGGGUUGGUGGUUUUGACUUCAUCUGAUAGUUUUGAACGUGAAACAAGCAGAGAGAGAAACUGAGAAGCAAGAUGACAAAUAAACCUCUGAACAUCGAGAGAGAGGAAUUCUUUUGGCGCUUUGUUUCUUGAAGCUAUUGUGCAAUGAAACUUAUUUGGAGAAUGGGUGAUUUCUUUUGGAGUUUCAGAGUAUAAACAGUUUUAGUUCCUCGUUGUUUGAGCUCCUGCACUUGACUUGGACUUGGACAUAUAAUAGUAUCCAGUGCUUCGUGUUUUGAACUGUGAAAAUCUGAAGUGAGAAAAUGGUGAUAGAUAGCAGUGAAGAUGACAAGAAGAAGCUGGUCAUCACACAAGUCAGUAUAGGGGGUUUUGAUGAGAGGACCUCAGCAAAAGAGCUUACUGAGUAUUUAGAACGCGCAGUUGGGUCAAUAAUGAGAUGUAGACUGAAGCGGUCAUUGACACCACCCAAUUCCUAUCCUGAUUAUGAAGUCGAUGCUUCACAAGUCAGAAGAACUAUUGAUGUUACAAGGGUCAUUCCACAUGCAUUCGUGCAUUUUGCAAUACCUAAGUGUGCAAAGAGGGCUGAAACUUUGUCAGGCAAAUGUGCACUAAUUUUGGAUUCAUCCCCUUUGAAAGUUCAUGUCGGGAUGAACAGCUCAUUUCGUGUGGCAUGGAGAAAGACCACUCUUCCUAUAAAAUUUGAAAAUUGCAAGGUUCAAAUUGGGUCUUUGUUUAGUUGGUCCGAGUUUUGGGUUGGUUGGGAGGGGCCCAAUUUGGGGGUAGACUUUCAUGUGGAUCCGUAUGAUGGAACUUGUGGGGUUUUUUUCACUAAGGACAUCACUUUCUCCAUCAAAGACUCAAACCAGAAAGUUGUGAUCAAAUGCGAUAUGAAGUUGGAGUUCCCAAUCCGAGAUAUUCAGUGGGUGCAUUUUUUUCAAGAGCAAGCUUCUUUAGGGAUGCUUGUGCAGUUGAGUUCAUCACCUUUGAUUUAUUACAGGACAGAUAACGAUGACACCCAUGUCACUGUUCCUUUCCUUUUGUUGGAUGAUGAGGACCCAUGGAUAAGGACCACUGAUUUCACUGGUAAUGGUGCGGUGGGUCGGUGCCGUUGUUAUAAAAUCUCAUUCUCUCCUCGUUAUGGACUUAAAAUGGAGAAGGCGAGGGACUACUUCAGGGAGUGUAGGAUCUUGGAGCACGGAGUUUUGCAAAAAGUCCUUGGACCUCAGGAUUAUCCUCCUAAAGUGAGCACCGAGCCUGGAUUCAUGAAACCGAUGCGCAAUCAUUUUUUUUCAGUAAAUAUUCAGGAGGGGUUAAGCUUCGAGGUGGUGUAUUUGGUUACUUGCUUGGUACACAAGGGUAUUAUAAAUCAGCAUAGGUUGUGCAAGGAAUUUUUUGACUUGUUGAGGAGCCAAUCUCCUGAAGUUAACACUGCAGCCCUAAGGCACAUGUACUCUUGUCACCGCCCAGUUUUUGAUGCGUAUAAGGAGUUGAAGACUGUCCAAGAAUGGCUCUUGAAGAAUCCAAGGCUUGUGAAGGAAACCCAUAUUCCCGAAGAUAGCGUAGAGGUGAGGCGGUUGAUGAUUACCCCAACUGGAGCUCAGUGUCUUCCUCCUCAGGUCGAGCUCUCUAACCGGGUCCUUAGGAAUUACAGAGAAAUAUCGGACCGGUUUAUUAGGGUUACAUUCACGGAUGAAGGGCUCCAAACUCUGAAUUCGGGUGUUCUUUCUAUCUACACUGCUCCCAUUGUCAAGGAUUUCUCUCAUAGCAAAACUGCACAAAAGACAGCAAUAUUCAGGAGGGUGAGAAGUAUUGCUUUUGAUGGUUUUAAUCUAUGUGGGCGUAGGUAUUUAUUUUUAGCAUUCUCAUCAAACCAAUUGAGGGACCGGUCAGCGUGGUUUUUUGCUGAUACUGAGAAGACGACUGCCGACUCAAUUAGGUCGUGGAUGGGUAAGUUCACGGAUGAGAAUGUCGCGAAAUGUGCGGCAAGGAUGGGAAUGUGCUUUUCCUCGACUUAUGCCACAGUUGAAUUUGAUCAGAAGGAUGUAAACUUUAAGCUCGCAGAGAUAAAAAGAAAUGGAUAUGUUUUCUCCGAUGGGAUAGGGAAGAUCACACCAGAGCUCGCAACCCAAGUUGCGAGCAAGUUGAAGCUCUCUGAAAACCCUCCUUGUGCUUACCAAGUCAGGUAUGCAGGCUGCAAGGGUGUCAUUGUGACUUGGCCUCGUGAUGGGAAGGCCAAACUCUCGAUAAGACCAAGCAUGUUCAAAUUCGAAUCAAAGCACACCAUGCUUGAGGUUAUUACUUGGACCCGUUUCCAACCUGGAUACCUAAAUAGGCAGAUAAUAACCCUCCUUUCAACCUUGAAGGUGCCUAAUGAGGCCUUCUUGGAGUUGCAAGAUUCAAUGGUGUCUGAUUUGAGCCAAAUACUCGUGAAUGGCGAGGUGGCACACAAGGUAGUGACUAAUUCUUGUGGGGAGCAAGCCAAUACAGCUGCAAUUAUGUUGAGUGCUGGAUUCACACCUCAAACUGAACCCCACCUUAGAGAGAUGCUGUCAUGCAUUCGAGCUGCUCAGUUAGGUGACUUACUUGCAAAAGCAAGGAUAUUUAAUCCUGAUGGUCGGUGGUUGAUGGGAUGUUUGGAUGAGUUAGGCGAGCUAGAGCAUGGGCAGUGCUUUAUCCAAGUCUCGAGCCCUUCUUUGGAGAAUUGUUUCAUUAAACAUGGUAAGAGUUUCUCUAAGAGGAAACACAAUGUGAAGGUAAUCACAGGAACUGUUGUUGUUGCCAAGAACCCUUGCCUCCACCCUGGGGAAAUUCGGGUUCUCGAAGCAGUUGAUGUGCCUGGGUUGCACCAUUUAGUUGAUUGUUUGGUUUUCCCUCAAAAGGGGGAUCGACCGCAUACCAACGAGGCAUCAGGAAGUGAUCUAGAUGGAGAUACUUACUUUGUCACGUGGAACGAAACGCUCGUGCCUCCAAGUGGCAAGAGUUGGGCUGCGAUGGACUAUGAUUCUGGCGAAGCCAAAUUUGCCCCACGGCAAGUGUCGUCUCAGGAUAUAAUCGAAUUCUUCAUGAAGCAUAUGGUGAGUGAUAGCAUUGGGCAGAUAAGCAACGCUCAUGUGGUGCAUGCAGACCUAAGUAAGGACGGGGCGCUAGACGAGAAUUGCCUUUACUUGGCAGAGCUAGCAGCAAUAGCCGUAGAUGUUCCCAAAACCGGUAAGCAAGUCUUCUUGCCCAAUAACCUUAAACCCAAGAUGUACCCUGACUUCAUGGAGAAGGAUGGAAUUUUCUCUUACAAAUCGGAGAAAAUCCUUGGGAUCCUCUAUCGAAAGAUAAAGGACGCUCCUCACAUAAAGUUCAAAGAAAUGGAGCCUCAGUCCCUUGAUGACCUCCCCUAUGACUUGGACCUCGAGGUGCUGGGCUCUGAGGACUUUCUGUCGGAGGCUUGGCAUUAUAAAUGCCUAUAUGAUAGACAGAUCAUUCUUUUCCUUGGGCUGUAUAAUGUGAGCUCUGAGGGUGAGGUGGUUACGAGUUGUUAUUCCUCAAUUUCUAAACAUAACAGUCGGAAGGUGGGUGAAUUGAAAGAGAAGCUGAAUAACACGUAUAGGGCUUUGAAUAAGGAGUUCAAAGCCAUCUUUGAGAAUGUUGGUUCAGACGUCGAGCUGAGUGAUGAGGAGAAGAAUGCUUUUUAUGAAAGGAAGGCUUCAGCUUGGUAUCAAGUGACCUACCACCCUAAGUGGGUUAAAAAGCUUGAGGAGAUUAGAGCAACGAAGGGCAUGACGGAGGAGUCAGGCAGGGAAUUGGUCACCCCAUUGAGCUUUCCAUGGAUUGCUGUCGAUUAUUUGAUGAGGAUAAAGAUUAAGGCAGCUAAGAGGGAGUUUGAUCCAACAAAACCCAUUGACUCUCUUGCCUGUUAUUUGCUCCCACACAUUUGAAUUUGGGCUUUUUCUUUGGAUUUCCUUAUGAAGGCCACUCUGCCACUUACUUCUGUUGUAUGUUAGGUCUCUCUACUGUGUUGAUAUGGUUGAUAUGGUGAGUCUAGAUCUAUGAAGAACUGUAAAUCUGAUGACUAUGCAGCUGGUCUCUCUCUAAUAUCAGGUCAUGCGAUUGUAGAUUUGUAUUGGUGCUGUGUUGAUAUGGUUGAUAUGGUGAGUCUAAAUCUAUGAAGAACUGUGAAUCUGAUGACUAUGCAGCUGGUCUCUCUCUAAUAUCAGGUCAUGCGAUUGUAGAUUUAUAUUGGUGCAUUAUGGGUGUUGUGUCUCUCUCUACUGUGUUGAUAUGGUUGAUAUAGUGAGUCUAGAUGUAUGAGGAACCGUGAAUCUGAUGACUGUGCAGUUGGUCUCUCUCUAAUAUCAGGUCAUGCGGUUGUAGCUUUGAAUUGGUGCAUUAUAGGUGUUGUGUGCGUACUGUAUAUGUAAAUGGAAAAGUUGUAUUUGUAUUUUGGAAGUAUUGUGUGCCUACUUGGAAAACUCGUAUUUGUAUUUUGGAAGAACCACCACUGUUUGUAUCGGUAGAGAAAUGAUAAUGUGAUUUUGUUGGUGUUGGUGUUGAUGUUUGGGUUA